CGUGAACACUCUAUCACUCUACUCGCUUGUCAGAAUGCUCAACCCACAUCAUGUUGAUGGGUUCUCCUCUUUGCCUACAGAGAUCUUCGAAACGCUUCUGUCAUAUUUAGAUCUCGACUCGAUAAAGGUUUUGCGUCUGACAAGUGGAAGUCUCGCUAGAAGAUGCAUCGGUCCCCGAUUUCUCGAGUCCAUUCAACAACCUGUACUCGAUGUCUCGUUGGAGAAUCUUCGGUCUCUUCUCGCCUUGUCUCGCAACCAUGAAUUGAGCAAGAAGAUCACUACUCUUACUUUGUUAGCUACGAUUAUGGAUAUUUCCGGAUUGGAGCAAGACAUCAAAAAUGGAUGGUAUAGGGUUGUCGAUUUCAAUGGGCCCAUAUUUGCAGACACCGCGGUCGACUUUUCACCCGAAGAACUUGCCAAGGCGAAGGAGGACCUUAUAUGUGCGGUUCUCAGAGGCCCAAAGCAGACAAGGUCGCUUGAGCGCGGGGAAUGGGUCUCGCUGUGGACGCGAGCCUCAAAGGUCUUCUCAUGGGUUACAACAGCACUAGCAAAGAGCCAGGCCUCGGUGAAGACAUUCGACGCCUAUCAAAGUAAUCGCGAAUGCGGCCUCGAAGCUAGCAAUAUCGUCCAUCACGAGUUGACACAUGGCCCAAAGGAGCUAGAAUUGUCUUGCAAGGGGUUACAAUCACUCGAGAUGAGCAUCUCCGGAGAGGUACAAGAUGCCCUGGACUUCAAACGAAAAUUAGAAGAGGAAGACGAAGAAGACGAGGAUGAUGACAGAAUCGACGAAGAGGACGACCAAGCAAAUACUAGGAAGGAACCUUGUACUUCUCAGGAGAAUCAGACUGAGCCACCGAGACAACCUUCGUUCUUCCUCAGGUCUGCGCCCGGUCUUCGAAAGCUUGAACUCUCGUUUCGUCGUACUGGCGAACUAGAUUUGAAGUUCAAAGAGAAAUACGACUGGAUCAUUGACAGUAUUGCCUGUGAAGCUGAGUUUCCAAUGUUGGAGGCGUGUACCUUCACUGGAUUUCCGGCCAAGGGCGAAUCAAUCCUGCUCUUUCUUGAGAGACAUCCCAGUCUCCGUUCAUUAAGAAUUCAUGAGUGCCAUUUGAGCAGUGGCUCUUGGACUCCAAUAUUCGCUUAUCUGGAGCAAUCAAUGCCUGAACUCCAACAUUUGAGCUUCUCAAAUUUGUUUGGAAAGCACAUGCAAAAUCACAAGUACGCACAAGCACAAGAGCUGAACGAGGAUUUCGGCAGGGAGGAGAGAGAGGAUGACUGGCAGGAAGCAGAUGACAUCGUUAUUCUGCGGCCGAUCUGGGACAACAAUAUGAUACGACGCUGGACAAGUUACUCAACCUCCGUGGGCAGCGUGGUACACACCAGAAGCUUCAACCGCAAGGAAUUGAAGAAGGGACUUGUGUUUCGGCCUUUGAAUAAGGGACCUAGAUAUUCCAAAAGUUCUCCCGAGCAGUGGGGGUGGCGGAACCAGCGGAAGGUGCUCUAUGGCCCUCCAGUAUAG